UCCCUUGAUAUUUUCCUGACCGGAGACGGAGGAGAAGAGACGAGAAACUUGCUGGUGAUCGAGGGAUAUGACUAUGAGCUGCAGGGUGUGCGUCACCGGGGCCGCCGGCUACAUCGCCGCCUGGCUCGUCAGGAAGCUGCUGCAGCGAGGCUGCGUCGUCCACGCCACCUUGAGAUCCCUCCUGGACGAGGAGAAGACGGGGCUGCUGACGGCGCUGCCCGGCGCGGCGGAGCGGCUGAAGCUCUUCGAGGCAGACGUCUACGACGCCGCCACAUUCGAGCCGGCGAUCCAGGGCUGCGAGUUCGUCUUCCUCGUCGCCACCCCGCUGAUACACGACAACACCAGCACCAAGUAUAAGAGCGUGACCGAGGCGAUCGUGGACGCGCACCGCCUCAUCCUGCAGCAGUGCCAGCGUUCCAAGACGGUGCGGCGCAUCAUCCACACGGCCUCCGUCACGGCCGCCUCGCCGCUCCAGGAGAACGGCCACGGGUACAAGGACUUGAUCAACGAGUCCUGCUGGUCUCCGCUCAACCUCCACCAUGACUACAACAAUGUCCAUCUCAACGCAUACGUGGCGUCCAAGAGCCUGUCGGAGAAGGAGCUGCUGAGGCACAACGAAUCGGAAGGCGGCAGGGCCUUUGAGGUGGUGACGCUGGUGUGUGGGCUCGUCGGCGGCGACACGCUCCACCCCGUCUUGUCCAGCAAGCUGAGUAGCGUCACGAUGGUUGUGGCGGCCCUCACGGGCAACGAGAUCCACCACAAUGCCUUGUGCUUCAUGCAGGCGCUCCUGGGGUCCGUGCCGCUGGUGCACAUCGAGGAUGCCUGUGAGGCGCACCUCUUCUGCAUGGACCAGCCGUCCAUGGCCGGCCGGUUCCUCUGCGCCGCCGGGUACCCCACCGUGCAGGACUAUGAGGCCCGCUUCGCCGCCAAGUAUCCGGAGCACAAGAUACUUCUCAAGGAGGUGGCAGGAGAGGGGGUGAGGGUGCCGGGUGAUUCGAGCAAGCUUGUGAAGCUGGGGUUCAGGUUCAAGUAUAGUGUGGAGGAGACGCUGGACUGCAGCGUCGAAUGCGCCAAGAGAAUGGGAGAGCUCCGAUGGUGCUAAU